AAGCGGCUGACGCGCCAGAUGUUCGGCGCGCUGCGCCACAUCCACGACAAGGACGUGAUCCACCGCGACAUCAAGCCCGCGAAUUUAUUGCUGCACGGCUCGGGGUCGCUGAAGAUCUGCGACUUCGGCCUCGCGCGCAUCGCGCCGCGGGAGCCCCUGUCGCCGCUGCCGGACACGAAGGAUUUGAACGUGUACCGGUCGCCCGAGCUCGUGCUGCUGCAGCCCUACGAUUUUUCCGUCGACGUCUGGGCCUGCGCCUGCGUCUUCGCCGAGUGCUUCCUGGGCACGUGCAAGGAGGUCUGCGAGUUCCGCGAGGGCCGGCGGCCGCUGUUUCCGGGGCGGUCGUGCUUCCCGCUGUCGCCGGCCGCGGGCGCGCGCGGCGGCUGGCACCAGAAGAACGACCAGCUCCAGGCCAUCUUCCGCGUGCGGGGCACGCCGUCGUCCGCCGAGGUCGACGCGCUCGAGCACGACUACAAGGGCAUGAAGGCCUACCUCCGGCGGCUCCAGCCGCGCGCGCCGUCGGACCUCGCGCGCGUCGUGCCCAACGUCGACCCGUCGGCGCUGGACCUGCUCGACAAGAUGCUGAAAUUCCUCCCGGAGGACCGGCUGAGCGUCGAGGACAUCCUCGACCACGAGUACCUCGCCUACGCGCCGGGCGAGCCG